GAGACACCUAGAGGCCUGGAAGCGCUAAGAUUGGUAGCCGAGCAAUAGCGCAGCUUAACUUUACCCAAUUCCCACGUCCAUCGUCAGUCACUUCGGGGAAAAGUAAAACGACACCCUGGGGCCCGGGGUAUCGAUUGUGGGUAUCGAUGAGGGGUGUCGAUGAGGGGCCAUAUGUGAUUUACUCCGAAAUAGUCAAGCACAACCCCACAGUCUUGCAGCUCCCCGCCAGCUCCUCUUCCCUCACUACGAAGGCGACGGGCGAAAAAAAAACCGGCCACCUGCCAAAUCGCGAGGAACACCAAAAUCGCUACCUGUGGAAAAUCACACUAAGGUUCAAUACAACGUCUAAACUCUUUACUUUUUAAUUUGUGUAAUAGAGAAGAAGCAGAUCUAUCUUUU